AUGGGCUUGUUCACCAAGAAACAGGAGCAGGGGGAGAAGCCGUCAUCUGGCACUCCGUGCUGCGACUUCAGCAUUCACUUCGAGAAGAAACUCAUCUACAUCUAUGCGAUCGUCCAUGCUGAAAGAGUUGAAACCUUUAUCGAAUGGUCACCAGGAGCGACUGAUGUUCCAUUGGGCAACGGCCUCCGUAUUCAGGUGCUUCCAUGCGUUGACGACCUUCCCAAAGCACGAAAAAACCAAUGUGCCGCUUUUCUGGCGGCGGAAUCACUUCUGAUUGUCUGGGACGACGAUCCAACGAAAGUUGUCGAGCGAGCGACUACAAUCGAAAACGAAUUGAUGAACUUGGUUUGGCAGUCGGGUGAGCCUACUGAAGCCGAGCAAGCCUCCGACACAGAGAAAGCUCCCGCAGUCGUCGAGGGAGAGGUCGAUGUGGAAGUCGGUGAAGCGGUACCCGAACGACGAUCGACCAAUAUUAUCAACGCGAUACAAGUCGCAGCCACAAUCAUACUGAUUACGGCCAUGUUAGGGCUGGGAUACAAGCAGAUCGCUUUCCAAGUCCUCGUUGAUAAAAGCUACGUUCGCGUAGCUUUCGUAUUGAUGACACCAGUUCUUAUCUUCUUUUCCCUGGUCAUCAUCACCGAUCUUUCGCAAUUGUUCGGGCCCAUCCGUCAGAUGCAAACCAAUUCGAAGUAUUUCUCUGCCAUUCUGCCGCGCCGUAUCACCGGGAUACUUCCUCACAUCACCGUACAAUGUCCCGUGUACAAAGAGGGUUUGACUUCUGUUAUCGUACCGACUGUGCGGUCCCUGAAACAAGCCAUAUCCACUUAUGAGCUGCAAGGGGGGUCUGCAAACAUCUUCAUCAACGAUGACGGUAUGCAGCUCAUGACCGAAGAUGAGCGAGAGGCACGCAUCAAUUUCUACCAUGACAACGGCAUUGGCUGGACUGCUCGCCCAAGACAUGGCGAAGAUGGCUUCCUGCGACGAGGAAAGUUCAAGAAAGCAAGCAACAUGAACUACGGACUCAUGCUGAGUAACAACGUCGAGGAAAAGCUAGCUGUAAUAGAACGCGAUGAGACAUGGACCUCUAAUGAUGAGGCCAGAGAGUAUGACCGUUGCCUCAAAGAAGUACUCCAGGCAAAUGGCAGGGCCUGGGCCGACGGUAACAUUCGUGUCGGUGACUACAUUCUUCUGGUAGACUCAGAUACUCGCGUUCCUUCCGACUGCCUUCUUGAUGCUGCCAAUCUCAGUUCUGAACAGAAGCUGACCGAGACCAGUAUCACGUUCUUUACGAACUUAAUCUACACGGCGAUCUCAUACACCGUCUCAAACGGCGAUGUAGCACCUUUUGUCGGCCACAACGCGAUUCUGCGUUGGUCUGCGAUCCAAGAAGUCUCCUACUUUGACGAAGACGGUUACGAAAAGUUCUGGUCUGAAUCUCAUGUCUCUGAAGAUUUUGAUAUGUCUCUGCGCUUACAGGUCAAUGGCUACAUCAUACGUAUGGCAACUUGGGCUGGCGACGGCUUCAAAGAAGGUGUCUCGCUUACCGUCUACGAUGAACUUGCUCGCUGGGAAAAGUAUGCGUAUGGAUGCAACGAACUGCUCUUCCAUCCACUCAGGUUUUGGUUCAUUCGCGGCCCGUUCACACCACUAUUUCGCAAGUUCUUGUUCUCCAACAUUCGCUUCACGAGCAAGGUCACUAUUAUCUCGUACAUUGGUACAUACUACGCCAUUGGCGCAGCAUGGAUUAUGACAACCGCGAACUACUUCGCCAUCGGAUGGUACAACGGGUACAUUGACAAGUACUACAUCGACUCGUGGAAAGUCUGGUUCGCCCUCGUGGUCAUAUUCGCCGGUCUAGGCAACAUUUCCCUCGCUGUUCUACGCUACCGCCUAGGCACACACACAUUCUUCUCCUCGCUCUUCGAAAACUUCAAAUGGAUCCUCAUGCUCGCCAUAUUCCUCGGCGGACUGUCUCUACACGUAUCCUCCGCGCUGCUAGCACACAUGUUUGAGUACAACAUGCAGUGGGGCGCAACCGCCAAAGAAGCUGAGUUCAGCAACUUCUUCAUCGAAGUUCCGCGCGUGCUCAAGCGGUUUAAGUAUUCCUUCGCCAUCAGCACGAUUGCCAUUGCAGGCGUGGCGAUCCUGGCGCUCGGAGAGUUCAUCCCCUUUGGCUGGCGAGUCACGGACUUUACGGCAAUUUUCCCAAUGUGCAUUGUCUGGUCCAGUCACUUGUUGUUGCCGAUUGUCUUGAACCCGGCGCUGAUGACGUUUACGUUUUAG